CUUGCACUCUCUCUCUCAAAAUAAAGAAAAACAUUUUUUAAAAAAAGGAAAAAAAAAAGAAAUGGAAAUUUAAAAGACUUCAUGUAUAUUAGAGGCAAAACCCAUCAAAUAUUUAGGAGUAAUUUGACAAGAAAGAGCUCCAACAUGAAAAAAAACCUAGAAGAUGUUACUGAAGAAUAUAAAACAAAUAGAGAACUUGGGUCAGGUGCCAGACCCUAAGUAUUAUCUAUCGCCAUGUAAUAAAUUAUCCCCAAACUAUACAGCUUAAAACAGUAAACGUUUAUUAUCUCAUCGUAUCUGUAGGUCAGGAAUCCAGGAGCGCUGAACUGGGUGGUUCUGGUUCACGGUCUCUCAUGAGGCUGCGGUCAGGAUGUCAGUGUGCGAUGCUGUCAUCUAAGGUUUGACAGGCUGCGGGGUUUGCUUCUGUGAUGGCUCACUCAUGUAGCUCUUGGUGGGAGAUCUCAGUUCUUCACCUCAUGGACCUUCGUAGGGCUGUUUGAGUGUGCUCACUGCAUGGCAGGUUUCUCCAGAGUGAGUGAAAAGCCGGGGAGUAGCCAUAAUAAGUCCUGACCAACCUCUGAAAUCACACACCAUCACUUCUGCAAUAACCCUAUUCAGUGAGAGGGGAUUACCCAAAGAUGUAAAUACCAGGAGUCAGACAUCACUGGGGCCAUUUUAGAAGCUAUCUGCUACUGCAUCUUAGCUGCAAGGGAAGCUGAGAAAGGGUUUAUCUGGCAUUUUCAGCUUUUUUUGUGAGGGUUGGGCUCAUAAGGUGGGGAUAAGAAUCUUAAGAUGGAGAUUCCCCCAAAUACAGGAACGGGUUCAGGCGAUGAACAGUCAAAAGGACUGAUAAAUGUGCACUGCAUGUUUGAAUAUACAAACAGAUGUGUAACAACAGAGAGAAUCCAGAAAUAGAUCACCUCAAUUUAAUACGUGACAAAAGCAAUUUUUCUGGUUAGAGGGGAAUGGCUAGUUUACUUCAUAAAUGAUGCUGGCCUUGACUGGUUACCCAUCUCCAGCAAAGUGAAGUGGGCUCCUAUCUCCCACUACAUAAAACAUAUCCUAGCUUAGAAGAAAAUGAGAGCACCUGUGAGCGCACGCCAGGGAUGUGGGAAACCUUGGCUUGAGCAUCCAGAAAAUACAAUGCAAAGCCUAUGGUGUUUCCCAGGCCGCCUCCUCAGUCGUUCCUGAAUUCCGAUUUUUGUAUUUCUAGCAGUGGCCCUGUCAAGUGCAGCAAAUUGAUACUGUGCUUUCCUCCAAGAAUGCAGGUUCCUGUGGCAUAGGAAUCAGCAAGUACUUGGAGGGGAAAAGCAAGAGAGAAUGUGGGGCUCACUUCUCAACACUUCCUUUCUUUCUGGAGUCGUCUCCUCAAAUCCUGGUUGCCUGGGUAGCCAUCUGAUGCCUUUAAUCCUAACUUAAACUGGAUUUUCAACUCUGAUCUGUCCAUUGGUUGGCACCUCUCAUCGUGGCAUGUCAGUAAGAAAGAAACCCUUUGGGGGAAAGUUUUCAGAGUGUUUGUAGCAAACACAAUUAGGAGGAAUUCUUAGAAGCAGAGGAGGUUGGCAACUGUGCCAGGAUAAUUGUUACAUUUUAAACACGAUGUCAUCCCCUGAGCAAAGUGAAAUGAGCCAGAAGGCAUAUGUAGACAGGUAUGCCCAAUUUGUUUUAAAGCCCCAGAAACCCAUUCAGCCUUACAUCUGCUCGACUCUGAGUGAUUUUCAAGAAGAGAGAGACUUUCUGGCCGACUACAUCUUUCCUCAGCUUAACGAACUCUGCAAUUCCCAGGGCACGUAUUUCAAAGCCGUGGACCUGAGGUGGUCAGCGUUGAAGGCCCCGCCACCCUCACCCUCCAACCUGUUCAGACAGCAUUCUUGUCUCCACUCCCAGUAUCUGAAGCUCUGUCUCGACUAUGUGAACAGCUGUUUUCCUUUCUUCAUCUGCAUGCUGGGUCAGACGUACGGGGACUUCCUCCCUGACCAUGUGCCUCUAAUGCUCUCCAGAGUGACUGACUUGUUCAAUUUAUCCAUGGUAGAACAGAACCUCUACAUUGCUGCAAAAAAUGGUUAUCCUUGGGUCCUGGAGAAUCCCAGCUACAGUUUGAUGGAGUUUGAGGUCAUCCAAGCAGCAUUUCUGAAUGAGUCUCCAUUUCAGUAUUUUUACUUUAGGACUGGAACCAUGCUGCUGAAGACUUUAGAUGAGGAAAAGGAGGGGCUGUCCUCGGGAUCUCUGCUGACUGAUGAGGAAAAAUUAAGGAUCGGAAAGCUUAAGGCCAAGAUUAUUAGGAAAGGGCUCCGUGUCCGAUUUUAUAAAGAUCUCCACGAGUUGGGGGACCUGGUUUUCAAGGACUGGUCAGUUGUGAUAGAACAACUUUACCCAGCCACUUUAAUGAUCAGAAAUAUAGUUAAUGUGGUAGAUCUGGAGCAGAGCGUCUCGAUCAGAGCUCGUUGUUCCCUGCGGGGCAUCUGGGCCAAAUCUGAAGACAUUCUGGCAUCAGAGCCAGGGGAUGGUCCUGGUGUCCUAAUGGGUGGAGAGCUGGUCAUAAAGCCAGUGGGAAUCCAGCUCUGGCUGAAAAAGCUAAGGGUCAGGGAUCACUACAAAGUGACCAUGUUGCACUGGGCUGCCUUCCACAAUGCCAGCAGACAGUGGGUCCAGGAGAAGCCCAAUGGCCUCCUGUACUUCAGGCACCAGUCCCUGCAGAGUGCUGUGGAACACAAGCUUCUUGGCAGAGUGCUGAACAACCUGGUAAAGUCAGCAAGUGAAAAGUACUUAAAAGAAAAUCAUAUUUUGGAAUGUGCUACUGAAACUUCCAGCUUUUUGGACAACAACCCCUGUGACCAGGCUACCAUGAAAUACACCGAAGGUGUUCUGAUAUUUGCUGCUAGAGACACGUCUCUUGCAAAAAUGAGACUUCAAGAAUGCUUAAAUAUCAGGAGAAGUUUGUUUGGUGAGAAAAAUAUCCUAGUUGGAGAAAUUAUGGAAUUUUUAGCAGAUUUACUAUCUUUUCUACCGGAAGAGAGUGAAAGAUGCCAAAGGAAGCAAGCAAUUGAAUAUUAUAAACAAGUGAUACGAAUAACGGAAAAUGCAGGGACUUUCACCAAUUCCUCACUCGUCAGGAAGCAGCUGAGCAUUAGCCUAAGUGACACCUUGUGUAAAUUAAGUAAUUGCUGACAUAUUUCUAUUAGAAGAGGGUGACUUUUCCCUUUGACCUGCAUACUUGGCUUAUUUUAAAAAUGCCUUCAUUUUGAAGCAGGUAACUCCUGUUGACUAUGUAAGCGUCUUGUUUACCUUGUCUUAUCAGGAAAGCAUCUUAGUCUGUCUGGGCUGCUGUAACAGAAUACCACAGACAGGGAGGCCUAGACAACAGAUACCUGUUUUUCACAGUUCUGAAAGCUGGG